AUGGGUAGUCUCGGUUCAGGUUGCGGCAAUUCUCGCCACUUUAAGCCUUUAGACCCUGAAGAAUUUCGCGCUCAAGCUCAUCAAAUGGUCGACUUUAUAGCCGACUACUACAAACAAGUUGAGACCUACCCGGUCCUCAGUCAAGUCCAACCGGGUUACCUCCGUGCCUGCUUGCCCGAAUCUGCGCCGUAUCGACCGGAGCCAUUGGAUUCUAUCCUCAUGGAUGUUCGGAGCUGUAUCAUGCCGGGCAUGACUCACUGGCUGAGCCCGAGCUUCUUUGCGUUCUUCCCUGCCACGGUGAGCACCGCUGCCUUUCUAGGAGAAAUGCUGUGCACGUGCUUCAAUUCCGUCGGCUUCACCUGGCUCGCUUCUCCAGCAGCAACCGAGCUCGAGAUGGUCGUCAUGGAUUGGCUCGCUCGCAUGCUCAAGCUCCCCAAGUCCUUCAUGUUCGCCGGCACCGGGGGCGGCGUGAUUCAGAACACCACCAGCGAGUCCAUCCUCGUCACCCUCGUCGCCGCGAGGGACCGAGCAUUCAACACGAUCGGCAUCGAGAGCUUACGAAAGCUGGUCGUCUACGGCUCCGACCAGACUCAUUCUACGUUCACAAAGACUUGCAAGCUGGCGGGAAUACAUCCAUGCAACAUAAGGUCGAUUCCCACCUCGUUUCAUACCCAUUUCGCUCUCUCCCACGUUCUGCUCCGCAAGGUCGUCGAAGCCGACGUGGCGGCCGGGCUGGUCCCGCUCUACGUUUGCGCGACCGCGGGGACGACGUCGACCGCGGCCGUCGACCCGAUCGAGCAGAUCGCCGACGUGGCGAACGAAUACGGCAUGUGGCUCCACGUGGACGCCGCCUACGGCGGCAGCGCGUGCAUAUGCCCCGAGUUCCGGCACUACUUGAACGGGAUCGAGCGGGCCGACUCGCUGAGCCUGAGCCCGCACAAGUGGCUGCUCAGUUAUCUGGACUGCUGUUGCUUGUGGGUGAAGGAACCGGGCUCGCUGGUGAGGGCCCUGAGCACGGACCCGGAGUACUUGCGAAACGGGCCGAGCAGGUCGGGCUCCGUCGUGGACUACAAGGACUGGCAGGUGGGCACGGGCCGGCGGUUCAAGUCGCUCCGCCUCUGGCUCGUUCUGCGCAGCUACGGCGUCGCGAACCUCCAGGGGCACAUCCGGUCUGACGUGCGGAUGGCCGGGCUAUUCGAGGGGUUCGUGAAGUCGGACCGCCGGUUCGAGGUGGUGGCGCCGAGGCUGUUCGCGCUGGUGUGCUUCCGGGUCGUCCCGCGGCGCCGGCGGGUCCGGCCGGGGGAGGCGGACGCGAUGAACCGGAAGCUGCUGGAGUGGGUGAACUCGACGGGCCGGGUGUACAUGACGCACACGGUGGUGGGAGGGGUGUACGUGCUGAGGUUCGCGGUGGGGGCCACCCUCACCGAGGAGCGCCACGUGGUUGCCGCGUGGAAUCUGAUCAGGGAAGGAGCUGACUCGUUGCUUAAAAAUGCACAUUCCUUGUGUACUUAA